UGGUGAUUCUGUGGUUAUAAUCAUCAGUAGAUCUUUCGCGUGUUAUGAUCUAAGGUCAUUCGUCUUAUCAUCUCGAUGUCUUAUCAAAUUAGUCGUCACUCGUCCACUAGUCGCUCGUGAAUAUUUAACUGCUAAAAAACUCUAGUCAAUUUCGUACUUGUAACGCAUAAAUUAAUAUAAUAUUAAUAUGUACCCAUCAUAUGAUAUUAUAAUUAUUUGUUAAUAUAAUAUUUAUUAUUGUGACGGCAUUUAUUAACAUAUAAUACCCAACUUUUAUCAAGAUUUGACACGAUUUGAAAUCGCUGAUUUCUUUCAACUGAUAUAUUAUACUGGGUUCGUUGUAACCGAACUCGACUUCCACAGUACUUAAGCCGGAAUUAUAAUGUUUGCGGUGCGCAGGCUCAAUAAUGUUCUUGUCCAUUUUUCUAUUAUCAUUAGGAUAAUAUUGUGUUAUUGUGCCUUUGAGUGAGAAUUUAAGUUUUCUAUGCAUUUUGAAUGAGAAAAAUUAUUACAAUGUCAACAUGAACAUUUUCAUUAUGUAGUAUGAUUUGACUCCAUCGGAUGAUGGACCAUUUAAGAUUAUUUUUAGAUGUACCUACCUAUAGAUUUGUCUCGCAUUCAACACCAAUCGAUGGACAUACCGAGUGAAAUGCACGGGUCAUUUUAAGUGUGUGUGUGUAGUCAAACAUUGUAUUUACAGGUGCUCAUGGAUGAACAACAAAUUUCGUAUUUUUAUCAAGACCUUUUAAAUUGUCUCGUCCACUUGUACGAGUAGAUAUCAAGAACAAUCCUAUGCCAUUUUUUUUUUAUAAAAAUUUGCAACAUAGUUUGGUUAUAUGGAAAUGCUAUCAAAUGGAUAUAGAUGUAUCAAAAAAUGUUCCAAUGCAUUAAAGCAAUCAUUAAUUGAUUGGAUCCUUCAUAAAUUUAACAAUUUAUUGACCAGAACAAUGAGUGACAUCCCAACAGCAUCUACAUCAAUGGCAUCAACUUCAUCAGCUUCUACAUCACAAAUUAUGCCAUAUACAUUUAACAACACAUGUUCAUUGCGAGAUUUAGAUUAUACAACUACUGAAGAAUCAGAACUUUCUUCUGAUGAAGAAUCUGAAAUGAUUGAUGACGAAUCAAGCUAUUCGAAUGAUGUUAUUUGCAAGUUGGAACCAAUAAUUGAUGAUAACAUGGAUGAUACAUCAUGGUCUUCUACAGCAUCAUCCAAUACAUCAUAUGGAGAUAAAUCGAGUUCUGAUAAUUCUGAAACAGAGUCAAUUUUAAAAGAGUUGAUUAGAGAGAGCUGGUCUCUUGAUAAACCAACGACUAAUCAAGAAAAUACAGAGAACAUAAUAUCACCAAUACUCAUAUUAGUUCAGAUGAAUGAAAUUGGAAUCGACCUUAUAAACGUUGAAGAACACGCAAAAAGACUUAAAGAACUAGAAAAAGAAAUUGAUUUCAUAGAAUCAACAGAAUGGAUGUACUGUCCAAUAGACUCAUCUAUUAGAUAAUAUUAAUUAAUUUAACAAUAAAAUUUGUUAAACAUAUUAUGCACAUUUUUCUGUUAAAAGACAAAAUUGUUGUAUACAAGCUUUAAAUCUAAAAAUAUAUAAACACGAAUGUAAUGAGUUUUUAAAUAAUAUUGUGAAUAUCUCAAAUUAAUUAUUGAUUUAAUAGAAUAUGUUUAUGUUUUAAUGUUAAGAUUAAUUAAAUUUUUUAUACAUUUUUAUAAAUAUUUUUGUAAAUUAAAUUAAUAUUUACGUAUUUUA